AUGGAGGACCUGGUUAAGAUGCUGCAAUCUUACCAACCACCUCAGGUGACUGUGAAGCCCCUACUACCGGCUGAAGCUGAAGUGGUCGACUCAACUCGACCACCCGCACAGGUGACAGAGGUUGUCUCCACCGCUGAGCAGCAGUCCAUAUCCCGAAGAAUCGAAUCAGUAGCGACAACGAACGAAGCGUUGGGACAAUUUGCGGAGUUCGCUUCUUCAGACAGCGAGGAGGAGGAAGACGAUGACCAAAUGCAGAUUGAUGAUGAGAAGCAGACUACACGAGCAUGGGAAGAGAACGAACGUGACGAGGCACCUUAUGCGUAUGCAGGUGGGCCACAGCGUGAUUCCUUAGCCACGACCACGCCACCACGAGCGACAGAUUUCAACCAAUCCGCCCGGUCAGCUAGCGUUGCUCAAGAGGACGAGGUAAUGCCUUUAGCAACAACAGGGGGAGCGACCACUGCUGCUGCCGCCCGGGCGACCGAGCAGCACUCACAGAGCCGAUUGGAGAUCACCACCACCAGCGCUGUGCGCUCUUUGCUCACUACGCCAGAGCCAGACUACGCUCAGCUGGAGAACCAGUGCCGCCACACCACUGGGCUGGUCCUCAUGAACUUCGGACGAUGGCGCAACGCCGAACGCACCAUGGACUUGGCCUCAGUAAACCAACUAGCGGACAGAGCGGACGUCAACUCUAUUCUAAUUAAACGUCAAGAAAUGAGAGCGCGGCUAGAUGUCGUUUAUGCCAGACUCGGACUACCCAUCCUCGAUGCGGCUUAUCGCCAGAACGCCUCGGACGCAGAUCUCCAACAAAAAGAACAACACAUUCACGCAGCGUACGGGAUUGACGCUUACUCAACUGGAUCUCAGCAGGAUAAGACUAACGGGAACGGAGUGGUGUCUAUGCCUACACGUUACGCUCGCCCUGCCUAUGGUGUUCUUGUCCAAAACACUUACUUCAGACUCUUGCGCGCAUCGAAGUCAGUUUCAAUGGAUGAGUGCAGUGACGACUCGGUCGCAGCCAGUGAUCUGGUUGCGUCUCCUGAGAGGUGGGGCGAGGUUAGCCCAGUGGGUCCCAGACAACUACUGCCGGGCACAACCGGAAGGUGUACCUCGCACCGAAUGGUGCCUUCUUCACGUGAUGCCCUACGUGGUCAGUGA